AACUGCGCGCUGUCCUGUCCUGUCCCGCCCCGCCCCGCCUCACUGAAGCCGGUAUUGCUAUUAAAGGCCGCGUUUAACGUUCAGGUUGUGUUUCCCGCAGCUCUGUGUCCUCGGUGGGUCAGUAGUUGGUAGUGCUGCCUUAGUGGUGACCAAGUAAAAAUUACGUAAAUAACGUUGCAGAGAAAGAAGGCAUGGCAGCCGUUAACGUGAUGAAAAAAGAAGUCUUCAGAGAUCCAGAUCGCUGCGAUAUCCCGUAUUACGUUUCGGAAUUUGUGGAAAGAGAAGUUGGGAAUGACUAUGAUUCUCUGAAGAAGCUGGGCAGCCUCAUUGAAAAGCUGUCUGAAAACAAAAAGCAGUUGGAAGAACAGGUGCUUACAGUUUCAUCCGAAGUUCCUAAAAGAAUUCAGAAUGCCUUAAAGAAUGCAGAGGACUCUAAAAAAAGUCUGAAUCGGCUUUUAGAGGAAGAAACUCUCCUGUCUGAUUCCAUCAGCAGCCACUUAGAGAAAGCUGAGCCGUGGAUGGAGGAUCUCGGUGUGCUGAUCAGCCAGGUAGAGGAGAUUGAGCGUCACCUGUCCUAUCUUAAAUGGAUUUCCCGAAUAGAAGAGCUCAGUGAUAACAUUCAGCAGUACCUGAUGACCAACAAUGUUCCAGAGGCAGCCAGUACUCUAGCAUCUAUGGCAGAACUGGAUAUUAAACUUCAGGAGUCAUCUUGUUCUCAUCUUCUUUCGUUUGUGAGAUCCACUGUUAAAUUUUGGCAUAAAAUUCUUAAGGACAAGUUGUCAAGUGACUUUGAAGAAGUGCUGACCCAGCUUCGUUGGCCAUUUGUGGGGCCGCCGCAGUCUCAAGCAUUUGGCCUUACUGCACCAGCCAAUGCUUCUGAUGUUUACAACAAUUUAGAGAUGUUGUUCUGUCAGCUUCUGAAAUUGCAAACAUCAGAUGAACUGUUAACCAAACCUAAACAACUGCCAGAAAAGUACGCCUUACCCCCAUCGCCGCCUGUUAUCCUUCCAAUACAGAUCAUGCUCAAUCCUCUUCAGAAAAGAUUCCGGUAUCAUUUCACUGGAAAUAAACCAACCAAUGUUUUAAGCAAGCCUGAGUGGUAUUUAACACAAGUGCUAAUGUGGAUUGGAAAUCACGCAAAGUUCCUUGAUGACAAAAUCCAGCCAAUACUGGACAAGGCGGGAUCGGCAGUGAAUGCUGGGCUUGAAUUCUCUCGUGCUCUUGUAAUGCUGAUUUUGGAGAAGCUGGCUGCUGAUAUUCCAUUCCUGUUAUAUGAUGACACUCUGUUCUGUCACCUUGUGGAUGAGGUACUUCUGUUUGAGAGAGAGCUAUACAGUGUUCAUGGUUAUCUCAGCAGCUUUCCCAGUUGCAUGCAUAUUCUCUCAGAAGAGUCCUGCUUCCAGAGAUGGCUAACAGUGGAAAAGAAAUUUGCUCUUCAGAAAAUGGACUCCAUGCUUUCAUCAGAGGCUGCGUGGGUAUCGCAGUACAAAGAUAUCAGUGAUGUGGAUGAAAUGAAAGUGCCAGACUGUGCGGAAACUUUUAUGACUCUGUUGUUAGUUAUAACAGACAGGUAUAAGAAUCUUCCAACGGCUUCCAGAAAACUGCAGUUCCUGGGGCUACAGAAGGAGUUGGUUGAUGAUUUUAGGAUACGAUUAACUCAAGUAAUGAAGGAAGAGAGUAGAGAUUCUUUAGGCUUCCGAUACUGUGCGAUCCUCAAUGCUGUUAACUACAUAGCAACUGUGCUGGCAGACUGGGCUGACAAUGUAUUCUUCUUGCAGCUACAGCAGGCUGAACUGGAGGUUUGUGCAGAAAGCGAUGCUGUCAGCCAGCUGCAGCUGGGGCAGCUGGCUUCAAUGGAGAGUUCUGUCUUUGAUGAAAUGAUCAACCUCCUGGAACGCCUGAAACACGAUAUGUUGAGUCGCCAAGUGUACCACGUCUUCAGGGAGGUCACAGAUGCUGCAAAGCUGUACAAAAAAGAGAGGUGGUUAUCUUUACCAUCUCAGGCAGAGCAGGCAGUAAUGUCUUUGUCAAGCACAGCUUGCCCAAUGUUGUUGACUCUACGAGACCGCUUGCUACAACUGGAACAGCAGCUCUGUCACUCUCUGUUUAAAAUAUUCUGGCAAAUGCUCGCAGAGAAAGUGGACACUUACAUAUAUCAGGAGAUAAUUAUGGCAAAUCAUUUCAAUGAAGGAGGAGCAGCACAGCUUCAGUUUGACAUGACCAGAAACCUUUUUCCUUUGUUUUCACACUACUGUAAGAGGCCGGAAAACUACUUCAAGCACAUCAAAGAGGCCUGCAUUAUCCUGAAUCUGAAUAUUGGUUCUGCCUUGCUUCUGAAGGAAGUACUGCAGUCAGCCUCAGAAAGCGAAGCGCCAUUGCAGCCAAACCAGCCAUCAGCAACAGCAGCGUUAAAUGAACUGGGAGUUUACAAAUUAGCACAACAGGAUGUUGAGAUUCUUCUCAAUUUGAGAGCUAUUUGGCCAAGUACGGGCAAAUAAAGACUUUUUUCAGAAGUGGUUAAAACUUAAUCUAGAUCACUUGUUUAAAAAAAAUAAGCAGAAA